UAGGUGUCCAUUUCUCUUGCUUUCUAAACAAAUUUUGUUAUUUCUUCUUCACUUUCUUCAUUAACAAAAAAACAAAUCCUUCUCCCUCUCUAAAUUCUCCAAUUUCGCUUAUUGCUUUUUAAUUUUUACCAAUCUUUAAUUCGUUUUAUUCAUGGCAUCCACUGCUCACACCAACCUCAAUGCAAAAUUGGUGUUGUUAGGAGAUAUGGGAGCUGGUAAAUCAAGCUUGGUUAUACGAUUCGUAAAGGGUCAAUUCCUUGAAUUCCAAGAAUCGACGAUCGGAGCGGCGUUCUUUUCGUCAACAGUGGCUGUUAAUAAUGCUACGGUGAAGUUUGAGAUAUGGGAUACUGCCGGGCAGGAAAGGUACCAUAGUUUAGCGCCUAUGUACUAUAGAGGAGCUGCUGCUGCGAUUAUUGUAUAUGAUAUCACUAGCUCGGAUUCAUUUUCAAGGGCAAAGAAAUGGGUGCAAGAAUUGCAGAAGCAAGGUAAUCCUAACUUGAUCAUGGCUCUUGCUGGCAACAAGGCUGAUCUAGAAGAUAAAAGGAAUGUUCCUGCAGAAGAGGCACGCUUGUAUGCAGAUGAAAAUGGCCUCUUUUUCAUGGAGACUUCUGCCAAAACUGCUGUGAAUGUCAAUGAUAUUUUCUAUGAAAUAGCUAAACGAUUGCCUACAGCUCAACCCACUCAAAAUCCAGCAGGGAUGGUUCUUGUAGACAGACCAGCACAAGGCUCCCAAGCUGCAUCCUGUUGUACUUGAAAAUCAUUGCGGUUCAUAAAUUCAUUGAACCUUUCCUACAUGUUCGUUUCAUAUGUUCUUGUACUGAACAUGAAGUCGGGAAGUGGGAGUGACAUGGUUCAUAGGGAGUCAAUAGAAUAGAAUAUGUAAACUAUAUAUUUAGAAGUUCCCCUUCAUAGAGGCAAACUAUUUGGAAAGAAGCGCCAGAAUUAAUGCGCAUUGCCUUCUUCCUUUGCUCCUUUCUUUUUCUAUAUUGUAAAUGACUCUAAUUUCCAUGGACCUCUUCAUUUCCACCUGAUGAUUGAUAUGGAUGAAUGGACCCUGUUAUUCCUUAAA